CCAAUCAACUUAGCCUAGCAUUUACCCAUCCUCAAUAAUGCAAUAUAUGACAUAAAUCCCAACAUCAACUUCAAACAAAGUCACCACCAUCAUCUCCAUCUUCUUCAAUGGAGUCUGCAAAUGUUAAAACCAUUUCAGACUGUUUCAUCAAACCAAAAUUCAUAACCGCACAAGCCAAAAAACCAACUUACUUCUCCCCAUGGGACCUAGCCAUGAUCAACGUAAACUACAUCCAAAAGGGUCUCCUAUACCCUUUGCCAGAUGAUCAAAAUUUCUCCAUAACCACCUUCUUGGACGACCUCAAAGACUCGCUUUCCGCCACACUUACUCACUUCCACCCGCUUGCGGCCCGUCUAGCCACCUUAAAACAACAAAACCCGCCUUCUUUAGCCAUCUUUAUCAACCCGGACAACAGCCCGGGAGCAAGAUUCAUACAUUCCUCCGUUAACUUAACCGUGGAUGAUAUCCUUACACCGAAUGAUGUCCCGUUGGUUGUGCAAUCAUUUUUUGAUCAUCAUAAAGCUAUUGAUCAUGAUGGGCAUGAACAGUCGUUGUUGUCUGUUCAGGUGACCGAGCUUAUUGAUGGAAUCUUUAUCGGGUGUUCGAUUAAUCAUAUGGUGGUUGAUGGAACUUCGUUUUGGCAUUUUUUUAACUCAUGGUCGGAGAUGUUUCGAUCCAAAAGGGGAAAUGAUCUUUUGGAUCCUAUCUCGCGGCCUCCGGUUAUAGAAAGAUGGGUUCCGGCGGGAUCCAAACCGAUACUGACCCUACCGUUUAUGCAUCAGGAUGAGUUUAUUGAUAGACCAAAUCCACCAGUGUUGAGAGAGCGAAUAUUUCGGUUCACGUCCGAUUCUCUGGCUAAACUCAAAGCAAAGGUGAAUUCGGAAUGUAAAACUACAAAGAUAUCCACUUUGCAGUCCCUCUCAGCUCUUGUGUGGCGGUGCAUGACGCGUGCCAGGCAGUUUCCGGCUGAUAAAGAAACUGGUUGUAGGUUGGCUGUGAACAACAGAAGAAGGCUAUCCCCACCUUUACCAGACAAUUACUUCGGUAAUUGUAUUCAAUUGUUGAGGGUAACAACAACCGCGGGGGAGCUGCUCGAUCAAGGUAUCGGGUGGACAGCAUGGCGGUUGCACGAGGCGGUGAUUAACCAUGGUGAUAAGGAGAUCAGGGAGUAUAUAGAUUCGUGGGUAAAUAGCCCAUUUGUGUAUAAAAUGGGUGUGUUUUUUGUUGGAGAUAGUAUACAGAUGGGGAGCUCACCUAGGUUUGACAUGUAUGGAAACGAAUUUGGAUUGGGGAAAGGAUUAGCGGUUUUGAGUGGGUAUGCUAAUAAGUUUGAUGGGAAGGUGACAUUGUAUGCCGGACAGAAGGGUGGAGGAACCAUGGAUUUAGAAGUGUGCAUGUUGCCCGAAAACAUGGCGGCUUUUGAAUCUGAUGAAGAAUUUAUGAGUGUUGUUAGAGGUGACAAUGGGUCUUAAGGCUAUUAAUGUGUUUAGUGAUUUAAUAAAUCUUGUAUUCAUUUGAUAAAGAAAAAACAGAACUUAAGUGCGGUA